AAAAAAGCUCUUCCUUUAGCUGGCUUGCUAAUGUUCCCCGAUAUGCAGCUUGCACCAGGGAGAUUUGUAUGUGUGAAUCUAAAUAUAAACCAAGACCACCCAUUUCAGAAGAGUAAGCACUGAAUCCCUUAUUCUCUUGGCGUUCAAGAUCGCGGAGUAGUUGGUGAGGGUCGGAGAAAACAUUAGUACAGCCUAUGCAAAUAGUUUUGAAUUGAUUACAGCAAAAUUAAACGUUGCCAAGCUACGCGUUCGGAUCACACGAGGAGUAUGGAGAAGAAUUCAGUUGGUUCCUCAGCUGCCAACCACACAGGAAACCUGAAAGGUCACAACGUGCUCCCACCCACUGGAACAGAAGAGAAGCCUGUGAGGAGGAGACCCCCACGUUCACUCCAGCUGAACAUCAAGAGAUUUGAGGAGCAGGCAGUUGAAGAGAAACCGGCCGUUUCCCCCCGGGUGCUGACAGUGAAGUCCAGGAGCUCCCCCCUCAUCGAAAAACUGCAGGCUAAUCUUGCAUUGACCCCUACAGCCCUGCUUCACUCCCCCAAGAGCCCCGAGGUGAACCACCCACCCUCCCCUUUCUCCCCGGGCCCCGCACACAGCCCCCUGCCUCCCCCCAGCCCUGCCCUGGUCAGUGCGGAACAGGCCCCCAUCAGCUUUGAGGAACCCCCCGAAGGGGCUGUGCUGCCCAGCAUCAACAAGGGCCGAGCGCGGCUAUCACUCAAACGUCGGCCGCCCACGAGGCAACACAGGAAGUCGUGCGGCGAGGAGGAGGGGGCCGCGGGGGGGGCAGACGGCCUGCCGCGCAGCGAGGGAGACCAGGACGCGGGCGAGAGCGCGGGCAGGGAGGACGAGGCGCUCGGGGCCAGGAAGCCCUCCGGGAGUGACGCCGGAGGAGAGCGGCCCGCUGGGGCGCCCGGAGCAGAUGAGGACAGACAGGAAACGGCGCCUCUCACACAGGAAGUGAGGUCGACUGGAGAUAAGGCUGCUGCAGAGCCCGAGGGGGCGGGGCUACCCGGGGAGCCGUGUGCAGGGGACAGGGCCAGAGCCAAUCAGAGAGAUGGGGCGGAGUCUCAGCCCCAGGAGGAGGAAGAGAAGGAGGGAGAGAGUGCGAUUGGCCCAGAUGAAGUAACGAUCGAAUUCUCGGUCAAAUGAUUCUCCGUAGAGAGAUUUGGCUUUAUCACGGUGCGAAGUGAAGAACGCCCCAACUCCUCCACGUUGCUGAGAUGUAUGUUUGGACUUUUUCUUUUUUUUCUAUAAAGGCAUAACAACCAUCAAAUAAUUCAGAAUGAAGGCAUUCCUAAUGUAUGCACCCAAGAGAUGACCAGCGACGCUGCAAACGGUCUCCGGCUCAUCAUCUUAUUCCUGUCUGGGGUUCAUAUAUAAUUUUGUAUGUUGCUAAGUGUAUACUGUAAUCUAUCCGUUGUCCCUUUGAAUCUAAUCCCAGAUAAAAGAUAAUUUAAUAAAAUCCUUCACACUGAA